AUUGAUUGAUUUGGUCAUAUUCUUUCCCCUGUCCAGAAGGGAUUGCGAGGUGGCUUAGGCAAUGGUGAGCGGACCCCUGUUCGACCCACGCUCCCCCUGGGGACGCACUUCAUAAUGGUGUGCUGCUCGCUCCUCUCUCCCUAAUUACUGAAUGUAUGGGGAUAUACGGGACUAUACCUCGUCCCUGGGGAAAUUUCCGGGUUGCUGUUAUAUCAUUUUUUUCCCUUCAAAUAUGUUUAGUUGCCUUUUUCUAUUGAGUUUAACAAAUCAUUUAAAAUUCCUGCACAUAGGCAUAUUUACUGGGUACAGGCUAGAGUCACCAAAUCCACCUGGUGGCUGUGGAUAAGCGCAGCCCUGGAAGGAGACAUCUCUUUAAAUAACCGUUAUCUCCAGUGUUUCGGGAAAUGGCCUUCUCUUCUUUUGUACCUCCGCGCCACGGUAGCAGUUGGUUCCCGUUGUCCUCCGUGUUACAGGAAUAAACGUCCCCCUCGGGAACCUCGCUACUUACCAAGGAGAAAAAAAAAUCCCACUGAAUGCAGUUGCUCCCUCGUUGAAUAGGAUGGAAUGCCACUUCCUAUUUAACACGCUGCGCGUGUGCGUGAGUGAGUGUUUGGGUGUGUGAGCAUGCGUGUGUGUGUCUGUGUGUGUGUCUGUCUGUGUGUGUGUUUGGUCUCGGUGCUAAAAUCAGGGGUCUCAGUGUGGCAUGCUGGGAAUAUAGCUGUCGGUGGAUCGAAUGAUAAGCUCCGCAGCUGUUGUUUCUAAGAAAAGCUUUCAAACACAAACACACACACACACACACACACACAACCCAGUGCUUAAAGCAUGCCGUUAAAAAAGAAAACCAGCCCGAUAUCGCAUAAGCGUAGCAUAUGUUUCGCCCGCUAAGCAUAGCUCUUUAUGUUGCCGACACACACUCACAUUAUACUGCGGUUUGUUGGAUGCAUCACAUUGAUGUACGAUAUUUACAGCAGCAGUGCAGCCAGAACAUGUUGAGACUUGUCCUCCCACAGAGAGAUUGACACACGCACGCUCAGACACAGGCGCAGCUACUAUAAGAUCCACCAGCUAAGCCUUUCUUUGAGGUGGCAAAUAUGCAUUUGUUGUUCUGUUUUCCUGGUGAGUGCUAAAGAGCUAGAGCAGCAGCAGAUUAAGGGGAGGACGAGUGGACAGGCUAUUGCUUUUUAUUCCCACCCAAUGGGGCCAGGGGAUGUGUGACCUCAUCGUUUACCUGCAAGGCUGUCAAACGUUAAGCAACUCUCACACAGAAUGACCGAAAUGGAUUCAGGAAUUACGAACAUCCUCCCUCAACCCUCUGCUCUGAUGAUGUCAUGUGAUGUCAAACAACCCGAAUCCUCACCAUCCCUCUGUGUCAAUCAGGACAAGGAUGGAGGUCACCAUGACAACAUGAAACUGGAAGACAAAGCACAGCCGGUGAAGAAAGGAAGGCCCAAAGGAAAGUUAGAGCGUAGUAAGGCGGUAUGCGAAGACACCUCUACACCUGCACCUGAGAACUGCACAAAAGACCAGAAGCUCAGCUCCUCCGGUUGCUAUGACGACGAGAGUACUUCCUGUACUAAGGAGGCACUGGAGAAGAGCCAAACCCCCAAUAAAAAUGUGUUAAUCAAAGAGUCCAGUGUGGAGUACACAGACUCUUCUGGGGUGGACCUGCAGCAGUUCAUCUCUGACACGCUGAACAGUAACCCACGGGACCGCAUGGCGCUGCUCAAACUGGAGCGCGACAUGAUCGACUUCAUCACCAGCAACAGUCCCUUUAAGAAGUUCCCCCAGAUGUCUUCGUACCACCGCAUGCUGGUGCACCGUGUGGCCGCCUACUUCGGCAUGGAGCACAACGUGGACCAGACGGGCAAGGCCAUCAUCAUCAACAGGACCGUCGGGACGCGCAUACCAGAGCAGCGCUUCCUCCAGCAGAUCCGCGAGGAGAAGACGGAGGAGAUCCAGCAGUGGAAGGCUAUUCUGCCCAGGGACACCAGCUCUGAGGACCCGCUCGUCCUCCAGCCCUUACGGGAGAAGCAGAGCAGGUCUAUGGAGGAGAGGCAGGAGGACUACUACAGAGCACGGGAGCGGAUCUUCAAGCAGGAGCUGCAUUGCGUCCCGGAUGGCAGCCAUGAUGAACCCAGGGCUCUGGAUGACUUAAAUCCCUUCGCUGAGACCCAGAGGAGGCGGCAGAUGUUCAGGCGGAGCCACGGAGGCUCCACCUCCAGCUGGAACAGCAGCGGCCAGCAGAGCAGCACCGAGAGCGACUACAUGAACGGCAGCGACCCGCGGCCCUGGAGCAGCACCGAGUCCGACUCGUCCUACCAAUGGAAGACCGCCGCCCCCAAGCCUCGCCACCCGGGGGGCCACGGCCCCGACGCCCGCGGGACAGGCUCCAUCUCUCUGUACAGGGUGCAGUCUCCUUCCAUCCCGGAGGAGUCGCCCCCUGCGGUCAACCCACCUGUCUACAGCGUGGAGAACGCCAUCCCUCCUGGCAGCAUCCUAGUCAACCCUCAGACCGGUAAGCCCUACCUCAACCCAGACGGAACACCCGCUGUCUACAUCCCCCCGGACAGCCAGCAGCCAAUCAGGAGCCAGCCUCAGCUGCCAGCUCCUCCGCUUCAACAGCCACAGCCACAGAUGGUCCAGUACUCCUCUGUCUCCUAUGCGACGCCUUCACAACCCUAUUCUACACAGAUGGAAGAUCUCUCCUCGCAGUUUGCCCAUGUGGCAGUGAGCUGUCCAUCAACAGGAGAAGCCCCGCCCCUCUACCCCCCCACCCAGAGCUACGUCUAUGCCGCUCCGCCCCCUCUCCCCUCCAACCAGGCCCCAAACUACUGUCAGUCCUCUGCUCAGGUGCCUAUGUAUUACUACUCUGGCCAGUAUCCUACCUCGACCCAACAGACCUGCACAACCCCCUCUCCCAACCAACACCUCCUCAACCAAGCAGGUUACCCUAUGACUCUGGCUGUGCAGCCAUCCCACAGCCAGGCCCAGAGCAUGCUGGGAAAUUACCCUUCAAUGGCCGCUCAUCAGUGCGGCGGGGGUCAGGCGCAGGGGUCCGUCUCCUACUCUCAGAGCGGUGUUGUGGCGCCCCUCGGAGGAGAGGGGGGCUACUGCUGCAUGGGUCCCCCACCCUGCGCCACCCUGGCCCAACCCACCCACCCCGGCUGCUUCAGCAUGGGGGGGCCGGCCUGGGGGGUCCAAUACUGAGGCCCAACGACUAGCUCAAGGAAGGCUUGAUGCAAUGCUGUUUUUCUGCACACACGCACAGACAAACACACACAUUUAUAUAGUAUAUAGUAUUAAUAUGCACCCAAUGCUGUUAAGAAACCACUUUCUCUGCACAAUCAAACAGGAGGGCAUUCAACUAGCGCACGCACACGUAAGCACGUGCAUGCAAGAUGGCACACACGUCCAAACAAACACACACCGAGAUGUCUUGUACCCGAAGCCAAAUCAUAUUAUCAGAGAUGCUGUACAUAGAAUAUAAUGCAUUAUUUAUAUUCGCCAAUAGUUUUAUAUUGAUAUGAAGAAAUAUAUAUAUUCUGUUUAUUGAUAAGUGUGAUUGAAUAAAGCACAGUGACUGGAUUGACGGGUCACAUUUGUAUUUGAUUGUUCCUGUUUUUGUCAUUUAUUUUCCUAUGUGCUCUGCAAAAAAUGGUAUUAUGAAGAGGAAAUGUUGGCAUACAUUUACACAUAGAGGAAGUCACUGGUUUUAAAUACCAGAAAAUGUUGAGUUGUCUUAAUCCAAGGGAAACUAAACAAGGAACAACCCCAUGAAUAGAGCAGGGGUUCCUGCAAAGAAACAUUGAGCAGACCGCUGCUGAAAUUUCAACAUUUGAUGAAAUUAAAUCUGGGCUAAAAAUAUCCGGCAGGUUCACUCUUCAGAGAACUGAACCUCCUGACAUCGGCUUAAAAAUGUUUUCAAGAUAUUUUCAUUAUGUGGCUUCAUGGCAGCUCUGUUAGCUGUUAGCGCCCCUUCAAAUCAGUUUCAAUAAGCAGAGGACGGCUGUGAUAAAUUAACCCUUUAUCAGCAGGGGAAUCAUAUUAGCCAAUCGGAGGUCACGCAUUAGCAAGUGUAGCCAUGAUGCACCUGAAGCCAUCGAGGCAAAACAAUUUACAGUAGUGGAGGGGUUUGGUUACUCUUAAAAAAAAAAGUGAACGUGUAGGUUUACAGUUAAAACCUUACCAGCUAUACACAAGUCUGUAUAUAACACCUGUUAAUAGAUCAACGGUCAAACUCCUUAUUAAAGUUAACCGGAACAAAAACCAUUUCAGAUCACGUCACGAAUGGCGAGAGGGGGCGAGGGGAUUUACAGGCAGUGUGUGGAAAAACAGAAACAUGCCUUUUUUCUUUUGUGGGACUGUGUAGAGAAAGGGAGAGCAAAAGAUGACAAAUCUAUGCAGUUUCCAUGAUCUUUAAUAAAAGGCACAUGUACAGCCAUAGUGAGAUGAGUGAGUCCAUUGGCAUAGAGAAAAAGCAUUAGAACACAGAAAUAAAGAUGAGAGGUCAGGAGGAAAGAGAGAGAGAGAGAGAGCGAUUUGCCUUACAGUAGAAUCUACUUUAGUAAAAUCUUCUUGUUUUCAUUCAAGUAAUUCUAACAUUAACAUGUCACCUUCCUAAUUGAACCCAUCCCAAUCCUUACUGAUACACUACCAAGACACACAGAACCGGGCCCCAGCGGCCCGCUGCUCUGCUUAGGGCUGUGAUUGUGUUUCCAGAGGAGAUGAGGUCGAUAUGUCCAAAGUUAGAAAACAUGGGUGGGGGGUGGGGAUCUGAAUUGCGUGUUCUGCGCCCAGAACACCACGGCCGCCACGCCACGCCUCCUCGUCACUCCUCGGUCCGUCCGGUACGGCUCGCUGCUCACAGAGGGAAUCAUGUACAGUGGGAUGUGGACUGGAGCCAAUGGGAAUCUCACAGUUGUAGGAUUUGUAUACGCACAGACACACUUGUACACGCUCACUCUCUCUCACAUUCACACGCACAUUCAGGAGAACACAAGCACGCUUCAAAGAAACUAUAAGAAAAACUAAAAGGCGUAGUUCACAGGUACUUUAAAUAUUUAAGGUUAAAGAGAAAUAAAAUGACUUAAGUUAGCAUAUUAUGAUAAAAUAGAACUAACACAACUGUAAGGAAAAAGGUAAAGGAGGAACUACCCCAAUGCAGCCAGAGGGGCCUGCUAUCCUGCUGUUGAAAGGUCAUGGUAGGGUAGGGGACGAAAGGGCCACCAUCUUAGUUCAUACAAAAUGGCUGCUAUUGCCAAAACAAAAUGGAAUUGUAUGGCUACAGAUGGGCACAAUGCUUACAGGGCACACAAAGAUGCACAGCCGCAGGCAGGCACACACACACACACACACACACACACACACACACACACACACACACACACACACACACACACACACACACACACACACACACACACACACACACACACACACACACACACACACACACAC